GUUCCAGGUACUCGCGAGUUAUCUCGUUAUCGUUUCGCUGGGAUAACGAAAAAAUCCAUUUGCGCACAAUCGCGAUUUGAUUGCGCUUAAACGGACUUAGAUUAAACGUUCAAAUUGUAUUACGUAUGGGAAAACUUGUGGUGUUUAAACUCGGUAGCUUAGACAAUUAGAAAAAGUACGGUCCUUAACCGGGUUGAAGAUGGAGAACGGCUCAACUGACAACUUCGUCAAGACGGAGGAGAACAACAUCGGGUCCACCAAUGUUGUCAGGGGCCGCAAAAAUGCUGUGAUAAACUUUGUGAUAUUUUUACUCAUAACCGGGUACUGCGCCUGGGCCACGUGGUACUACGUGACUAAAACAGAAAGCAGAAGCUGGGACAAAUUCACGCAAACUACUUCCGACGGCUACGGGUUCCUGGUGAUUUUGUACUGCAUCUACGUAUACGCUUUAGCAUACUACUAUUGUAUCAAACCAUUUAUUUUACCACCACUAGAGAAACUUAUAUUGAUGCCGGGAAAACAAUCCUUGAAGCGGAUAAAAUACGGAUCCGUCAUAUUUUACCUCUCCGUACUAGCGGCAACUGUAGCUUACCUGGUAGUAGAUACCGCAGACGACCGACAGAGACUUAUCCCUCUAAUAGGGCUGACUUUGUUCCUCUUAUUCGGAUUCAUAAUAUCGUCCAACCACUCGAUGAUCCCAUGGGACACUAUAAUUUGGGGCAUGAUCCUGCAGUUUCUUUUCGGCCUGUUAACCAUCAGGUGGGAGAUCGGCAGGAAUAUCUUGGAAACCUUCUCCGACAAGGUGAACGCUUUCCUCGACUACGGACUACAGGGAGCCUUCUUCACCUACGGCGAGUUGGUCACCCAGAACAUAUUUGCCUUUUCUGCACUCUCGGUCAUUUUCUUUCUGGGAUUCGUGAUCAAUCUGCUGUAUUACUACGGGCUGAUGCAAAAGUUCGUUUCUAUUCUGGGAGGAUUCCUGCAGAUCAUUUUGGGCACUUCGGUGUGCGAGAGCGUCAACAGCGUCGCGGUGGUAUUCGUCGGAAUGUCUGAAGCGCCGAUGAUGCUACGUCCUUACUUGAAGAACUUGACGGACUCUGAGCUCCAUUCGAUGAUGCUCGCGGGCUUCGCUUCGGUCUCAGGUUCCACUCUUGCGGCUUAUAUCAGCUUCGGCGCGAGGCCCCAAGAUCUGAUCACCGCCAGCAUAAUGUCAGCGCCUUCCGCUUUGUGCUUCAGCAAGCUUAUGUAUCCCGAGACGGAGGAAAUCAAAAUACAGAAAGACAAUAUCCACCUAGUCGACGUAGAACAUCGUUCCGCUAUGGAAGCAGCCAGCAAGGGUGCUACCGACGCUUUCCAUCUCAUAGCGGCCAUCAUCUCGGGCAUCACAGCCUGUCUUUCCUUCGUUUACUUCAUCAACGGCGUAUUAAGCUGGUGCGGUGCUCAGGUAGGUUUCACCGACGACGACAGCAAAUGGACGCUGGAUAUCAUCGCCGGUAAGAUCUUUACCCCGGUUUCGUGGGUAAUGGGUAUCCCGUGGGACGAAUGCGAGAAGGUGGGCCAGCUGAUCGGAGUCAAGACGAUGGUCAAUGAGUUCGUCGCAUUUCAGCAAAUGGGCAACAUGACUCUCACGCUGAGGAGCAAGGUGAUCGCUACGUACGCUAUUUGCGGGUUCUCGAACCCCGGCUCCAUCGGCAUAGCUAUAUCUACCAUGUCCGCUUUGGUGCCAGAAAGAAAAGAGGCCGUAGCCAAGCUAGUGUUUCGGGCGUUCGUGGGCGGUGCUUUAGUGUGUUUGAUGACGGCCUGUAUCGCUGGGAUUCUGAUGCCUCAGUCAGUUCUGGAAGGCGGAGCCGAUUUGACGAACGUCACGAUGACGGAUUUGAGAAUAUGACAUUGAAUUGAAGACAAUUAUCGGGCAUUAAAUUGUUA